UUUAAAUUUCGCGGAACAGAAAGUCGACUCGAAAAUAUGGCUGCGAAAACAGCGGCCGCCGUUGAGAAAAAAGAACCUACAGAUUCUGCAGACACCAGUGUGCAGUCUGAUAAGCAAACACUACUUGCUGUUUUACAGUUCUUAAAGAAACAUAAUCUCAAAGAUACUGAAGAUUUGCUCAAACAAGAAGCAAAAGUCUCAGAUGAUGAUCUCAAGACAGAGGAAGACAAAAAGUCGGAAGUUUCUCAGGCUCUUGCUGUGUACAAGAGCGAUGAUGAUCCUAGUUUGUACGAAGACUUGUACCGGAACUUGAAGAACUUUAUCGACUCGUGUCUAGAUGUUCACAAGGUGGAGCUGUCCACUAUUUUGUAUCCUGUGUUUGUCCAUAUGUACUUGGAGCUGGUCUACAAUGGACAUGAGUGGAAUGCAUGGGAAUUUUACAGCAAGUUCUGGCAGGACCAGGAAGAGCAUCGGCAUCCUGACCUGGCUAUUCUCUCCAGCGUCCGCAAGCGAGAUCACAUGGAUAAAAACCCCAUGUUGAGCAGCUUUAGGUCAAGUGCUUUCAUUCUACGUAUGUCUCGCGACUCCUACACCCACCUUAAGCGACACUUGCAAGAGAAGAGAUUAUCUCCUCUGCUUACCAUUAUUCAGGAUCAUCUUUUCAUUGACGUGUUUGAUGGUGUCCCCCGCACACAGCAGCAGAUCCAAGCCACAGGUGGCGCUCUUCUGGGAGAGGUGGACAAAGAUGCAAACAAGGCCAAGGUGUACUACGGUCUGCUGAAGGAGCCGGAGCUGAACAUUCCUCUGGAGGAGGAGGAGGAGGGCCAGGAGGGAGAGGAAAAACCUAAGAAAAAGAAAUCGAAAAAGGAUCCACUGUUGAUGAAGAAGUCCAAAAAUGAUCCAAAUGCUCCACAACCCACACGCAUCCCGUUGCCAGAAUUGAAAGACCAGGACAAGGUGGAGAAGACGCGGGCUUUCCGUGAGGCAAUGCGACGGGCAAAGCUUGACCAUAGUCACAUGCCCUCUGUCUGCUUCUACACAUUCCUCAAUGUAUAUCAAGGAGUGACCAGUGUGGAUAUCUCGGAUGACUCGAGUCUUCUGGCUGCCGGUUUUGCUGAUGGCCCCAUCAAGGUGUGGACGUUGACGCCAGGGAAAUUGCGAGCCAUGAAGUCACCUGAUGACCUUGAAAUGAUUGAUAAGGAAGCUGAUGAUGUGAUGGAAAGAAUCUUUGAUGAUCGCACAGCCAGCGACAAUAAGGUUUUGACAGGUCACAGUGGGGCGGUGUAUGCCACAAGCAUCGGUCCGCACCGCGAGCACCUUCUGUCAUGCUCUGAGGAUGGGACAAUUCGACUGUGGAGUCUUCACAUCUGGUCAAAUCUUGUGUGUUACAAGGGUCACAACUUCCCUGUGUGGGAUGUUUGUUUCAGCCCUCAUGGCUACUACUUUGCCUCUGUGGGCCAUGACCGAACUGCCCGCGUGUGGGCCACAGACCACUACCAGCCUCUCAGGAUAUUUGCAGGUCAUCUGGCAGAUGUUGAUUGUUGCCAGUUUCAUCCCAACUCUAACUAUGUGGCUACUGGCUCCAGUGACAAAACUGUGCGUCUUUGGGACAUGCUGACUGGCAGUUGUGUACGCAUCAUGGCAGGACAUCAGGGCACUGUCCAUUGCCUCAAGUUCAGUCCAGAUGGUCGCUACCUGGCUGCGGGAGGUGCGGACUGCCUGGUGAUGUUAUGGGACCUGUCCACCGGCACAGCGGUGGCUCAGAUGAGAGGUCACACCCUCACGGUGUACGCGCUGUGCUUUAGUCGCGACGGGACUAUCCUUGCUUCAGGUGGCCUGGAUAACAGUCUGAAAGUGUGGGACAUCCAGAAGGUUCUGGCGGAGCAGGACACGGAGGCAGACACGACAGUGCCCAGUAACAUCUCAGUCAAUGACAGUCCAUCUCUUCUUUUGGCCACCUUCUCCACGAAACACACCACUGUCUUGGGACUUCAUUUCACCCGCAGGAAUCUGUUGCUGGGAUGUGGACCCUAUAGCCCACCCCCCGCGCCCGUCACUCCCUCCUAGGGUUCAACCUGUCACUACUGGUAUAAUAUGAGUUCUGUGGAGGCUUUCCACUUCUGAGAAAUUUCUGGCAGACAUGAAACAAAUGCAGCUUGAUGUUUUGGAACAGGAUGCCAAAUGUUCUGCUGAACUCAUAGGAGAGUCCCUCAUUCAAAAUCGUUGUAGCUCUGUCCCUGGAAAGUCCUGAUAAACUGGCAAAGGCAUAUUUCUUGACAAGAAGUUUGAUGAAGGGCUCAAUCUCCUGUUUCCCUUCACUGUGCGGAGCGCCACCAUGAGGAAUGGUUGAGUGCAGUGUUUCAAACCUCACACGCGAAAAGGUCUGCCCAUACGCUGGGGUGUUGAAAAAUAUUCUUGAAAAAAAGUAGUCCGUCAAUUCAGGACGAUUAUCGAGUCCUAUUGCUGUCAUGAUAGUAAUGAACUUCCGAAGUUCGUAUAGGCUCACAGGCUUAAUGUUCUUGAGGCAGGAAUUACGUUUGGCUGGAUUGUUCUUCGUCAUGACUGUCUUUGCAUUGUCGUUCGUUCCUUUGAUGAGGUGGUCGGCUAUGUCAUCUGUGAACAGGGAUGCAAAGCAGUCUAACUCCGUUGAGUUGGCGUUGAGGUCUGCGUUGACACCACAUUCUCGUCAGUUUUUCGUUCUCAUCACCAAAUUGGAACCCUUCGUGUGUUGUUUGCAUCCUGGUGUCAGGACAUUCCAAUUAAAUCUAUCUUGUACAUUUGCUUUCUUCCUUCUCUUUGCUUUGCUGGGACCAGGCUGGGGCUACGCCCCCACAGGAUAAGCUUAUUCAGGGUCUGUGUCUAAAUCGCUACUACUAUUAGAAUCUCUUCUUCUCCUUGUCCGCGUGGGUCUACAAGUCGAGGGUCCUGGUUUAUCACCUCUUUCAUCAAUCACAAACUCACCGUCAUCGUCUUCAGAGCUGCUAGAAUCACUUGUCCUGAUUGAUUGAAAUAAAUUAAGUGCUUGUUUAGCAGUGUAUCGUCUUGCUGAACGGUCCGCUAUUUCAAAAGCGAUGUUUGGCAAAGAUCACUUCACCUCGUUCAAACUGAUCGACAAAGCGUCACCAAGAGGUAGAAUUUAUUAAUCUUUGACUUUCGGGUCAAACUAAAGUCUUGUUAGGUCGUCUUUUUUUAUAUUUGGACUGUAACAUAUUAACUUCACAUCAGAUGGUGUACCGUCACCGUCCAGCCAUGGUUAUGGACCUCAGCUUCCGGACGGUGCCAACGUUCAGAGAUGGUUAAAGAGUUAAAGACACGAAAAUGUAAUUUUUCAGUUUCCAAGAAUCUCAUUCUAUGGAUGUUACCAAUCUUUAGUGGCCAUUUUCUCACUAAUUUCACCUUUGAAAUCAAGUGACCGUCUCCUCCCUCAAUGAUAAAUAUCUCGACUUCUAUUCAAGAUAGAUGGGUAUUUUUUUCAUAGAAAGAUAGACUAUAAUUAAAGAAGCUUUAAGAUGGUACCAAUAACUCCACAUCCCCAGAAAUUGACAAGCACCUAAUUCCACCGUGUCGUGACACAUAUUUGGACAUAAUCAUUGUCAUUCUAACUGGCGUCUGUGGUGUAGCAGUUUGGCUCUUCACUGUCACACAGAGAGGAUGUGAGUUCGAUUCCUGUAUGGAUUAGCUUUUUCGUGUGUUGAAAAUCACCUAGCAUCUAUUGAAAUGUGGUGUCUUACUCAGCCUAGGUUGGCUGUGAUUGUGACGGACAAGGUUGAAGCAGUCGGUCUUCUGAGUGAUAAAUUGUGUCAAUGAAAGUGUAAAACAUCACAGUUAAAAGAUAGAAAGAGAUGAUUUUUAUUGAAGAUUUAUGAAGUAAAGCACUUAUGAAAAAUGCCGAACUGUGCAUUGUAUAUUUGUAUGGCAGUAUGGGCUUUUUGUAAGAAGGUGUCCGUAUGAAUGACUGACGCUGGGAUAAAUUAUCAUUUAGUGUAUUAUGAACUUGGAGAAAGGCAACAUCCGAACGGUAUGUCACUCUGCCUUUGAUAAGACGACCUAAGUUGUGCCUUGGUAGGGUGAAAGUUUGUCCAUCAGACUGUGUCAGUGAGCUUGUUUACUGGAUACUGACGGCAGUAACUGACCAUGUAGAGUGCGUUUAUAAUUAUGCAUUUCUUGUACAUAUGUUGUGCGUGUGAGUGGAUAAUAAUUAUGUAAUAUGUAUGUGUGCUUGUUGGUAUCUAGUAUGUGUGUGCAUGUGUAUAUAUGUACAUCUCAUUUUCGUUUCAUUUUUGUAUAUAUAUUAGUAAUGCUUGGGGCAUCAAUAACAAAUUUGACCAAUUUGACGUUUGUAUCUUUGCAAGACUGUGUGAUGUCUGUGGUAUCAUAGUUGGACGCUUUUAAUUGCACCCAACAGGAUGUGAUUAGGAGUUUAUCUCUGGGACUGGGAGGACAUUGGCGGUAUUCCAUACUGACUUGUUUGAUCCUUAUGGGAUGGAUUGAAGCAGACUUUGGUCUGGGAUAUCAUUGUGUAGAUAGAUGGAUAAGCGUUUUGUGUGUUUAUCGACUGCUUCACAGAUUAAUGUUGUUGGUCAUCUUUGCAUUUAAGAAAAUUGAUCAUUAAAGGUCUUGGUCUAUAAUAAUUGCAUAAA